CCUCUUUUUUCUUUAUGUUACAUUCAGUAAACUUAAAUAAAAAAACCUCUCCUAAAACCCUAAUUCGUGACUCCUUAUUGAACUCAAUUAGGGUUCAAAGAUCCUUUCUGUAAUCAAAUUAGUAGCUCGAUUUGAUUCAUAAACCAGGUUUAAUGGCUGCUAAUAAUGGAAUACCGGCAGGUUUGGACAAAGAGCAGGUUAUGGGCAUGCUAGGAAUGGAGAUGGAGUAUAAGGUAGAGCUUUUUAACAGGCUUGCUAUGACAUGUUUUAACAAGUGCGUGGACAAGAAGUAUCGGGAGCCUGAGCUUAAUAUGGGAGAAAAUAGCUGCAUCGACCGCUGUGUUUCAAAGUAUCAUCUGGUGAACAGUAUAAUUGGCCAGAUGCUCAGUAACGGUCAGCGUCCGACGUAAAAAAAUCAGGAGUUGCUGUAAUUUCAAUUUUGUUAUGAACUAAAACAUGUUAAGCAGGAUUUAGUAAACUGAAGUGUUUGGUUAGAUAACUUUUAUAUCUCUAAUAAAAUUUCUUACCCAUGUUAUGUAACA